AUGUCGCUCCCUCAACGGCCCGGAGCGAACGACUACGCUGGCGGCGAGCCGAGAAGCUCAUACCGAAGUUCAUCGAGACGACGAAGACAAGAUGAGGAGGCAGGAUACUAUUCCACUGCAGGAGUGCCAGCAUCGCCAGCAUCUCCCUCGAGGCAUCAUCAACGCGGACCCUCAAAGACUUCCUUCGCAGAAACCCUCCCUUCCCCCCUUGCAUCGCCAACCACCGAACCAUUGGCACGCUCUCCCCAUGGACCACCAGCAUCAGGGCUUCCUGAUAUGCACAGGAAGAGAAGUCUGAUCCGACCAGAGCGCGGCAGAAUCACCUCAGACCAUCCGAAUUUCCACUACAGGCAGCAUGCAGCGAGGAUGGAGGUUCUGCCCUCGUCAACCGGUAAUGACCCCAUUGCAGAAGAUGGCGACGAUAUUACCGAGUCCUCCGACCUGCGAACUUCAAAUGAAGCCGAGUCCGACGUUACCGCCCCAACAAAGCAGAGCUCAAGAGGCCAUGGCGCUGGACCUGAGAUGGGCUUGGGCGAAAAGGUUGGCCGCUCGUCGCGCAGCCGACAAAAGCUCACUCGUGAGAAAACUAUAAAAAUGAAAAUGACAAAGGAGGAGAAGGAGCGACAAAAGCAACUUGAUGCACUGAAGCCUCCAAGCUUAUGGAAUGUCUACUGCGCUAUCGUCACCUUUUGGUGCCCGGCUUUUAUGCUGAAGUGCUUCGGGAAGCCCGCAAGGGCUCAGCAGCGAGCUUGGAGGGAAAAAAUGGGCCUGAUCAGUAUUAUCCUCCUUAUCAUGGCUGGAGUGGGCUUCCUCACCUUCGGAUUUACGGCAGCUGUCUGUGGAAACCCGGGACUUCGACUACGUGUCAAUGAGGUUACAGGUGGCUACAUGAUCAUUCACGGCAGCGCCUACGAUCUAUCUGGAUCGCAUCACCCAGCUGCCAAAGGAAUUAAGGACAACGCAAAUGUUCUGUAUGACCUUCCAGAGAAGCACGCCGGCCAGGAUGCAAGUUUCUUGUUCCAAAACGUCAAUGGCAGAUGCAAGGGACUGAUCACCAGAAGUGCAAAAUCCGAUGUUCCAACAAACGCUAAUAAUGAUCUUGCGUGGUACUUCCCAUGUACGACUUUCAACCAGGACGGAUCUAGCCCUGUCAACAAGACCGUACCUGAAUACUUAGGAUAUCAAUGCCACACCAUUGCAAAUGCCCGUUCCGCUUUCUACAAUCUUAACAGCGCCGGGGACGUCUAUUUUACCUGGGAUGACAUCAAAAAUUCAAGCCGAAAUUUGAUGGUCUACUCCGGGAACGUCCUUGACCUUGACCUGCUGAAGUGGUUCAAUGGAACGCAGGUGACUGUACCCUCAAGAUUCGUCGAGAUCAGCGACCGAUCAUCUGCCCUGAACGCUGCCGUCCAUGGGAGAGAUGUUACCCACUCAUUUCAAUCCAAAACCGACAAGGAGAUGGCUCAGUGUUUCGAGCAAAUCAUCAAAGUCGGAUCCGUUGAUACAGAGACUGUCGGUUGUAUCGCCUCGAAAGUCGUGCUGUAUGUAUCUUUGGUCUUCAUCUUGUCGAUUGUUGUGUCGAAGUUCGUCCUUGCCUUGAUGUUCCAGUGGUUCCUCAGCCGGAAAUAUGCUGCUUCAAAGACCUCCCAAUCUUCCAACUCCAAGAAGCGAAACCAACAGAUUGAAGAGUGGUCAGACGACAUCUACCGUGCUCCUCCUAGGAUCCCAGGAGAUCCCAGCAGCACCGUUGCCGGGUCCGACAGAACAAGCAAGCGCGGUAGCACAUUCCUCCCCACGACAUCUCGAUUUACGAGCCCCUAUGCCGGAGAUAAUAGAUUAUCACGCGUGGGACGUCCGGCACCUACUACAAUGGCCAGUCAGACUUCAACUGCAGCCCUCCUUCCCCCCAAGGCAAUGUUCACGCAGCAGAACAGCAGCCGGAAUAGCUUUUUGCGGGCUGAUUCGAAUGGCUAUAGCGGUCAGUCCGACUACGAAGGCCCUGGGCCCGCUGGCUUCAUCCACGAAGCUGUUGUACCGCAACCCCCUGCUGACUGGCAACCUUUCGGCUAUCCUCUUGCUCAUGCCAUAUGUCUCGUGACUGCAUAUUCGGAGGAUGAACUCGCUAUUCGGACAACUCUUGACUCGGUUGCUAUGACGGAUUACCCUAAUAGUCACAAGGCCAUUCUAGUGGUGUGUGAUGGUAUGAUCAAGGGCAAAGGCGAAACAGUAGCAACUCCAGAUAUCGUCCUCAGCAUGAUGAAGGAUCAUUCCGUUCUCCCAGAGGAGGUCCCCGCAUUUUCUUAUGUUGCUGUCGCAAGCGGAUCCAAGAGGCACAAUAUGGCUAAGGUGUACUCUGGCUUCUACGAUUAUGGCGCCAACUCUACGAUACCUUUGGAGAGGCAGCAACGUGUUCCAAUGCUGUGUAUAGUCAAAUGCGGCACACCGGAUGAAGCAUCUAAAAGCAAGGCGGGAAAUAGAGGCAAGCGUGACAGUCAGAUCAUCCUCAUGUCCUUCCUACAGAAGGUUAUGUUUGACGAGCGCAUGACGGAGCUUGAAUUCGAAAUGUUCAAUGGUUUAUGGAAGAUCACGGGUGUCUCUCCGGAUUUCUACGAGGUCGUUCUUAUGGUGGAUGCCGAUACCAAGGUAUUCCCGGACAGCUUGACACAUAUGAUAUCCGCUAUGGUGAAGGAUCCUGAGGUUAUGGGUCUCUGCGGUGAGACGAAGAUCGCCAACAAGAGAGCAUCUUGGGUCUCUGCCAUUCAAGUCUUCGAGUACUUCAUCUCCCAUCACUUGUCGAAAUCCUUCGAAUCAGUCUUUGGUGGUGUAACUUGUCUACCCGGAUGUUUCUGCAUGUACCGGAUCAAAACGCCAAAGGGAGGCAACAAUUACUGGGUGCCUAUCCUUGCCAACCCUGAUGUUGUAGAGCACUACUCUGAGAACGUUGUCGACACACUGCAUAAGAAGAACUUGCUCCUGCUUGGAGAAGAUCGAUAUCUGUCAACCCUCAUGCUUCGAACAUUCCCGAAGCGCAAGCAAAUCUUCGUCCCUCAGGCCGUGUGCAAGACUACCGUACCAGAGCAGUUCAGCGUUCUCCUAUCUCAGAGACGUAGAUGGAUUAACAGUACCGUCCACAACCUAAUGGAACUCGUUCUUGUCCGGGAUCUGUGCGGUACCUUCUGCUUCAGUAUGCAAUUUGUUGUCGGCAUUGAGUUGGUUGGUACUCUUGUCCUCCCUGCCGCCAUUGCGUUUACAUUCUAUGUCGUCAUCAUCUCCAUCGUUAGACAGCCUCCUCAGAUUAUUCCCCUUGUCCUUCUCGCUCUGAUUCUGGGUCUGCCCGCUAUUCUUAUUGUACUGACGGCCCACCGAUGGUCAUACGUCGUAUGGAUGGGUAUUUACUUGCUCUCCCUUCCAAUCUGGAAUUUCAUCCUCCCUACCUAUGCUUUCUGGAAGUUUGACGACUUCUCCUGGGGUGAUACUCGUAAGACAGCUGGGGAGAAGACUAAGAAGGCCGGCAUUGAGUACGAGGGCGAAUUCGACAGCUCCAAGAUCACCAUGAAGCGAUGGGGUGAGUUCGAGAAGGAACGGCGUCUCAGAUCCCAAGCCACCUGGUCAGGAUACGGUAGCAAGGAGGGAAGUGCUUAUACUGGUGCUUGGCCUUCUAAUCACCACGGUGGCUAUGAAGAGGAGUACUCGGAUGUUCCGGUUGAGCGGUGA